AUGGCCGACAGUAGCAGCGAGACCAGCCGCACGGACCUCGACUUUGGCUGGGUCUCCGACUUGCCAACCUACACCGGUCUUUUGCCCGUCAAUCCGUCAUCCCUCCUACCCCGCUUCUCCCUCUUCUCCCUCUUUCGCUCAUCCCGCCCAUCUCUUCCGCGGGAAGAUCAACUUGAACCCCUCUUCUCGCGCUCCAGCACUCAACCUAUAUCCAUCGGCGAGGCGACGAAGGGCCUCACGGCGCUCUCGGAGUAUAUCGCGUCGCUCAAGACUGCAUGUGUCGAUGUUACGGAGGAUCGGGCGGAGGAAGCAGAGGGAUGGGUGUUGCAAGCGAUGGAGGGGUAUCUGGUCGCUAUCUCCGUUGUCGCCCGGGCAAUGUUCGCAGCGGACGGAACGGACACGACUGGACUUAGCGGGACAAUCUCUCAAUCUCUACGCGGUCUCUUCACCAUCCACGCCCACUACAUCGGAGGCACGUCCUCAGCCAUCACGGCUGCCCUCGACAGAAUUGUCUCCAACCUGCUCGCUGCUCCGCAUAUCCAGCCGGAGGGCGACGACACCUCCAAUCACCUCGUGCCCAUCUUCGUCCAAACGCGGGAAAUCAUCAGUCAUCUUCAGCACGCGGCUAGGGCAAGCCACGUCAAGGCCGCGGUGGUGCUGUCAAGCGAGGAUGAAGCGGGGAAAUGGGAGUCAAGGGCGGAGGAGCGGAUGGAAUGGCUCCGGCUGUUCGCGGACCACGUGCGCGGACUGGGCGGUCUGCCGGCCAUGGUCAAAGAGGAAGAGCCGAAGGGCAAGGCGAAGAAAGUGACUAAGAAAGCUACGAAGCUGGCGGAGCAGGAGGCGCAGGAACGACCGAUGCGGAUCGGGAUUGAGGCGGACCUGCUACGGUGCGAUCUGGCGAUCAGUAUGGCGACUGCAAAGAUUGGGGAGGUGAAGCGGCGUGCUAGGGCAGGAUUGUCUGCUGUGCAAGUAGGAGUGGAUGUGGUGAAGGAGGAGGUGGUCAAAGAGGAGGUGGCGGUCAGGGACAAGAAACCGGUGUUGAACAGGAGGCGACGGGCGUUGACGGAUGAGUCGGACCUGGGGACCAUCGUGGAUCAGGACGAAUGGCUGGCGGAUGCACCGGCGGCGAAGCUAGACUCAGCUGGGGAAUCAGGGAGGAGGUGGGAGGACGAUGUCGAUGUGGGGUUGUGGGAAACGCUCGGUAAGGUCAGAGCCAUUCUUGAAGGGAAGCACGCCGAGGUGCUCGUUGCCCGGAUCGACCGGUCGGACUGGCUGGACGAUCCCAGCCCACCCGAUCCUCGCGGUUCUGUAUCGCCAUACGAACCACCUCGGACGGACACAGCGGAGUCGGAAUCGGACGGAUCUGCCUCGCCUUCCUCGUCGUCCGAGAGCGAUAGCGACGAGUCGGAGGACGACCUCUCCCACUCGUGUCCCCUCCGAACUCUCUUCCGCCUGCAUGACCGAUACGAAGAACAACGACUGGCCGUAUGGCUAUCACUUCAAAACGAGCAGAGGGGCAAGAUGGGCGCCUACAUGAGAGGCGUGGAGGGUAGGGUCGGAUCAGCAUGGGAUGCGGUGGGACUGAGGCUCUUGAUGGAAUUUGACGCGGACACACUUGAGGCGUAUGGGCUGAGCCCGGACAAGCACGAUAAAUGGGUGGAGCUAGCCUCAAGGCGGAAUACCAAGAAGAUCAAGAAGGGCCGGAAGACUGUUUGA